AUGGCAUUUGGCAACGGAGCACAGAUGCUAGCUGAUAGCUUUUCAGUCAAUGAGCGGCCUGUGAAAGCCUUACUCCUCUGCAUAGUUGUCUUUACAGUGGGCAGAGUUCUUUGGAAGGCAAUUUACAACGUAUUCGUUCACCCUCUAUCAAAUGUUCCAGGCCCACGACUGGCAAAGCUAUUUGCAUCGUAUCUCUCACCUGCUCAAGCAAACCUUUGCAGAGCGCAAAAACUACGUGAGCUUCAUGAACAGUAUGGCCAGGUUGUGCGCGUCGGCCCAAAUGAGAUUUCGACCUCCGACUGGUCAGUCUAUCGUGAGAUAUACAGCGGCAAAGCCAGCACAAAGAGCAAGGCAUUCUACGACUCAAUCAGAGCAGGCGGAAUCCAUCUGAAUAUCUUUUCGAUGCAGCACAAGGAGCAGCAUGCAGCUCGGCGGAAGCUUGAGAACCAGUCUUACUCCCAGCAAGCCAUACUACAAAACGAAUCGCUCAUCGCAGAGAAGGCAGACGUUUUGGUCAGACGAGUAGUCAAAGCCGCCCGAGAUUCUCACUCAGGCACGACAGCGGACUUUUACGACCUAAGUGGACUCUUUAGUCUCGAAGUCAUUUUGAAAUGCGCACUGAACCGUGAUUAUGGCGAUUCUCCUGCCGGAGAUUCUCGAACCAUUCUGAAAGCUAUGGAUGGUGCUGCCAUCUCCACUCAUAUUACUACCGCACUUUCUCCCAUCGUCACUCGAAAGACAGGCAUCUACUUUCCUGGACUGAUCGGCCGAUCUUUCAGACAGCACAAUCUCUACGAGGCGAUGACCAAGGAGCUACUGGCGCAAUUCGAGCGUCAGCACGAAUCUUCCCCAAAAGAAUCGGCGAGAUUCAUGGUGGCGGCUAUGCUCACGCAAAAAGAUGGCUUUCUGGGUCGAAAGCUUACAGAGGAGGAAGUCCUGGAAGAAGUCAUGGGAUUAACAUUUGCCGGCAGUGGUACUACAUCCACCACCUUGACCUAUCUGGUCUACUCCCUAGCUCGUGACGCCACAUUACAGGACCGGUUGCGAGAAGAGCUCAACAACACCCCAGAGUCUCUACUUGAGCUACAGAAUCUGCCUCUUCUCACCGCCAUCAUCAAGGAAACAUUCCGCAUGUAUCCAACGAUUAUGUCCACCCUUCCACGAGUCCUGGACCACCCGCUUCAAGUUGGGAAAUACGCGUUGCCAGCACAAACGAUUAUCGGAAUGCAGAACUACGUACACCAUCGCGACAGGACUCUUUUCCCAGAGCCUGAUAAAUUCAUUCCCGAACGCUGGUUGGGGCUGAACAGUGGCAAUCAACAGAUCAUGGCCAUGAAUGCUGCCCUUACGCCGUUCUCUCUGGGAUCGCGGAACUGCAUUGGGCAAAAUCUCGCACGAGCAGAGCUGUAUCUAGCCACCAGCAAGAUAUUCAGAAACCUCAACAUUUCAGUCAACCCGCAGAUGACCGAGUGGGAUAUGGAGAUGGAGGAUCGGUUCAAUAUUGCGCCCAAAGGCAGGCGGCUCCUCGUGGAUGUUGAGGUACUUUAA